AUCACAAAAGCAAAACAUUGGUGUUGAUUGAAACCGUUCUGUUUAUUUUAUUGUUAUUUACUUUAAUUAGCAUCAGUGGAGACGUAGUGAAUACUAUUUUUAGACUAUCAAUAUCUUGCCAUCAUGCAUUUUUAACCGUCUGCUAUUGCAACGCAUAUUGACUUGCGUCCUUGCCUAGCGCUGGUCGCAUCUAUACGAUGUUUAACCCUGAUCUUAAUGAUUACCAACUUACUUCGAUUAUAACUGAGUGUUGUGGGGGAGUAGCUGUUGUAUACUCCGCUCUCUAUAAGCCUAAUAAUCAGAAUGUGGCCAUCAAGAGGUAUUUUGUUGAUAAAACUAAAGAGAACGCCAGUUUAAUACAGCAAGACAUUGCCACACGUAAAGAGCUACAGCACCCAAAUAUCUUGCCGUACCUUACCUCAUUUGUGCAUGGACGGGAGCUAUACGUUGUGUCUCCCUUGAUGACAUUCGGCUCAUGUCGUGAUAUACUAGACCGGUACUUCCAUGAAGGUCUACCGGAGUUAGCCUGUGCCAUCAUAUUGAGAGAUGUUCUUCUUGCGUUGCAGUAUUUGCAUAAGCAGCUUUAUAUUCAUAGGAGCGUCCGUGCAAGCCACGUCCUAAUCGGUGCUAACGGUGUUGUCAGACUGUCAGGGCUCCGCAGCGCCGCCAGCAUGAUGGUGCGCGGGCGCCGACAGAAACAACUGCACAACCUCCCGCCUCCGGACCAUGACAAUAUAAAUCUGAUGUGGCUGAGUCCAGAAUUGCUUGAACAGAACAUCAAAGGUUACGACGACCGCUCGGACAUAUACUCUUUAGGCGUGUUGUGUUGCGAACUGGCGAACGGAGCUGUACCUUUUGCCGAAGUGCCAACGACUCUCAUGUUCACAGAGAAGGUUCGCGGAAGCCGUCCGCAACUACUGGACUGCUCGACGUUUCCCGAACCAUGUUUGGAGGACGGGGAGAUGAAGAGCAUGUGCAUGUACACGGCGGACAGCGGCGUGGGCGACAGCGGUGCGCGCGCGCCGCACGUCUACCGCGCCCGCAGGCUGUCCGACGGCUUCCACCAGCUCAGCGAGCUGGCGCUGCUGAGGGAUCCCGAGAAGCGACCGACCGCCACCCAACUGCUGAACCACGCGUUCUUCAGACAAAUCCGCAAGUCGGACUUCCUUCCAUCCCUCAUUGCCAGAGUCAAACCUAUCAAGCCUGACCCAAACGACAUGUCAGCAUUGCUCCUGCAGCAGAAAAUGGCGGACAUGGAAAUCGAGAAGACGACUGAAUGGGACUUCUAAUAGACAAUAACAAUCCCGGAUGUUGAUUGACUAAUUAUUAAAUAAAUAAAUAUAUACGGGACAAAUUACAUAGAUUGAGUUAGCCUCGAAGUAAGUUCGAAACUUGUGUUACUAACUCAAAGAUACUAUAUUUUAUAAUAAACACUUGUAUAUAUAAACAUCCAAGACCCAGGCCAAUCAGAAAAAGUUCUUUUCUCAUCAUACCCUGGCCGGGAUUCGAAUCUAGGACCUGCCGUGUCACAGACAAGCGUACUACCGCUGCGCCACAGAGGCCGUCUAUUAUUAAUUAUGGGUCGUGGCAAAUGGAAUUAGUCUCUGUCUAUCCCUCCUAAAGUGCCGGUACUCACUACACGGCACUGAAAUCGCUAUUUCGACCAAUUUUUUGGUAUUUAUUUUUUCAAGACGUAUGCAGAGCUCGUAAACUAUGUAGUCUCUGUCUACCUCUCCGGUAAAGAGGCAUGAUUUUAUGUAUGUAUGUAUGUGUGUAUGUUAUUUUGUGUUCUUUAUUAUAGAAACACCUUGAUUCAGUCGCACAACAUUCGGGAUAAUGCAUAAUAAAUAGUAUAAAUUAGUUUAAUAUAUAAAUUAAAUAUUUUAUCAUUAUACAUUUUAGACCAGAUGUUGUUACUGUGAUGGAAUAAACAAUUAAUUUGUUGUA